ACCAAAGGGCAAAACAUCAGCGAAGAUUAACCUCAAAAUAAUUGACCAGAAGUCAAGGCCUAAUAGGGCAAAAAUUGCCAACUAUGUAUUGAUUUCUUCGCCUAGGGUGUUCUUGGGGCUUCGCCCAACUAGCAGCUGCAGUGUCAAGUGUCUGAAAGCUGCGCCAAAAAAGCUGGAAUUUCAACCAAAGACCCAUUCGAAUAAGUCACGGUCAUGCUGGUUCGCAGUAGAAUGACCCGUUCAUUUGCAUGUGUUACGAAAAACCGUCGUUUUUGGUCCACGGUUGAUUUUUCCACCGACAAGUUUCAAGCAAGCGCACCGGCGGCCCGAGACACUUCCGAAAAUGAGUUCGUCGAAGGCGUGGUUUGCAAGGUGCAGGACAUCAACGAGAAUGAAAUGAAAACGUUCGAGCUGGACGAGGAGAAGGUUCUGGUCGUGAAGCAAAACGGAGUGAUCAGCGCCUUGGGCUCCAAAUGCACCCACUAUGGGGCGCCUUUGGUGAACGGCGCCUUAGGAGACGGUAGAAUCAGGUGCCAGUGGCAUGGGGCCUGCUUCAAGCUCGCAACUGGCGACAUUGAGGAUUUCCCGGGCCUGGACUCUUUGCCCUGCUACAAGGUGACGAUCGAAAACGACAGCGUGAAGGUGAGGGCGCGCAAAUCGGAACUAUCCAGCAACAAACGCGUGAAGCCCAUGGCAAAGCGGGCGGCGCCCGCCAGCGAGAAAAUUGUCGUUAUCGGGGGCGGGCCCUCUGGGGCCACCGCCGUCGAAACCCUGCGACAAGAAGGCUUCACGGGCCAGAUAGUGCUGGUGUGCAAGGAAAACUACCUGCCCUACGACCGAGUGAAAGUGAGCAAGCAGAUGGACUUCGAGAUCGGCAAGGCCCAGUUCCGGACCGACCAGUUCUACCAGGACAAUGGCAUCGAGGUUCUAAAGGGCGUGGCAGCCACUGCAGUGGACACUGCAGCCAGCACGGUCUCCCUAUCCAAUGGGGCGGAGCUUCAGUAUGACAAGCUUUACGUGGCCACCGGCUGCAAACCCAGAAAACCCAACGUUCCGGGCGCAGACCUGGAGAACGUGCGCGUUUUGAAGGACUACGACGACUCAGCCUACGCCUUCCCGCUGCUCAACCCCGACGUGGAGAUAGUGGUGAUCGGCAGCAGUUUUAUCGGGAUGGAAGCCGCCAAUUUCUGCGUGGACAAAGUGAAGAGCGUGACUGUUGUUGGGCGAGGGGCGGUGCCGUUUAGGUCCACGUGGGGCGAGCGGAUCGGGGCCGCCAUACUGGCGCUGUUCGAAAGCAAGGGUGUAAAAUACAUCGCAAACAACGGCAUCAAAAAAAUCAACGGAUCGGGCGCCGUGUCCAGCGUGGAGCUGCACGACGGCCAAAUACUCAAAUGCGAUAUUCUGUUUUGCGGCAUUGGCAGUUCCUACUUCACGGACUUCCUCAAAGGCUCAGGGGUGGAACUGCAGCCCGACGGUUCCAUUGAAACCAACGAGUUCAUGCAGACGAACGUUCCGAAUGUCUAUGCAGGCGGUGAUAUUGCUUAUGCUCCGGUUUGGUCUUAUCACAACAGGAAGGUGGCUAUAGGUCACUACGGCUUGGCGCAGUACCAUGGCCGGGCGGCUGCUGUCAACAUGCUGGGCAAGAACGAGCCAAUCAGAGCGGUUCCCUACUUCUGGACCAUGCUGUUCGGAAAGGGGUUCAGAUAUGCGGGCCAUGGCAGCUACGACGACAUCAUUUACGCGGGCGACGUGGAAGGGCUGAAGUUUAUGGCCUUUUUCCUCAAGGAGCACGAAGUGGUCUCGGUCACAUCAUGCGGUAUGGACCCGUUGGUAUCAAAGUUCGCGGAGCGAUUGGCCCAGGACAGGAAAUUGUACAGGAGCGAUUUGCAAGAGGACCCUCUGGCCUGGUCGAAGGCCGCAUAAAUGCCAAACGAAACGCUGUUGUUAAUUUAUUUUCCGCAGAGAUAUUUAUGUUAAGAUUUUUACAGAUGUUUUCACUGCUCGCUUGCCUUGUACAGUAUUAUUAAAUAAAGCCACUGUUUCACAGCA